UGCCUCUAUUUAUCACCUCCACAGUUGGUGUUGGAAGUUUGGGGAAACCAUGCUGCCAUGAUUGUCUCGAGAACCGCCCAGUUACGAUGCGCAGAUGGGAUCGACCCAAGGGAGCUAUGCUGUGCCGAUCAGCAUGAUGCGAGGCGAUCCCCGCAUUGUCGGGCAGUCGAGGACCGAAGAGGAAACCUGAGUUGUGAAAAUUAUUUAUGGUUGGGUUGCUAAUCGGAAACCGUUGGUCAAGCAACUUUUAGACUAUGUGCUCCUUUCUUUUGGUUCCAGAGUCUGUACUGUCAGGUCUCCCCUUGCAGAGAGAUUUGACAAGCCAGAGGUGUCUGCAUCAGAGGGCUCAGCGAAACAACCGGCAUUUUAUUCCAAAAUGACAGAGCCAAAAAAGGCCAACGAGGCCAUGCCUCCUGAAAUGGUCGACCUAACGCCAUCAGACUCUGUCCUUUCUCCUUCGGCCACCAGGGUCGAGACGGGAACCGAAGAGAAGCAUGCGACAGUACGGACCACAAGAACCUUGACUGGAAACACUGCAGCAAUGUCUCCAUCCACCACCCGAGAUGAGCCAGUCGCCUUUGAAGAGAUCGCAGCAGCGCCGACCACGGUGGAGUCGCCGCAGCGAGAAGACAUUGAGGAGAUUGUGGAAAAGAUGCGCGACGGGGCCGCGGGCAUCACUCCCGAGAUGCGCGCCAAGGUGGAGGCUUACUAUGGGCGCAAGGCCGAGGAGGAGAACCUUGCCCCGUCGGCCGAUGUCGUGUACAUCCUCGACAAGAUCGCGCUCAUGUCGGAAGAGCAGGCUAUGGAGAUCCUUGUCAAGGCUAUUGACUUUCACAGCAUCGAUCCCAACUUUCCCGGUGCCACCAUGGCAAAGAUCAAGAUGUUGGUUCAGGGGCAAAAGGCUUCAGGGCUAGACCCAGCCGACUAUGAUUUUGACCUCAAGACCGAGGCGGCUAUAAUUCAUUAUCACUCGCCGUACCCCGAGGUCCGCUCAGUCACCAUGCCAGGAGACGACCCAAACACACCCUGCGAAACCUUUAGGGCAUACUUCCUGGGCCUCAUCUUUACCGCUGGCUGCACAGCCAUCAACACCUUCUUCUCCCCACGUCAGCCCAGCAUCGAGAUCAAGGCCCAGGUGAUGCAGCUCCUGCUGGCGCCCUGCGGCAAGUUCAUGGCAAAAGUCUCGCCAGAUUGGGGCUUCACUCUCAGAGGCACCAGGUAUACGCUGAACCCAGGCCCCUGGACCUACAAGGAGCAGGUGCUGGCCACCAUCAUGUUCACCAUCGCCAAUAAUGUGGGCAAUGUGUACUAUGUCUACCUGGUCCAGCGAAUGCCGCAGUAUCUCGGAAACACGUGGGUGACGUUUUCGUACGAGAUAGUAUUGGCGUUGGCCACGCAGUUUUUCGGCCUGGGUUUCGCAGGGCUUCUGCGACGCUUCGUCGUCUACCCAGUGACUGCCAUAUUCCCCAAGGUCUUUCCCGCGCUUGCGUUGAACAGGGCGCUGGUACUUCCAGAGAAGAAGGGCGAGGUCAUCAACGGAUGGAAGGCGUCGCGGUACCGAUUCUUCCUGACGGCAUUCGUGCUCAUGUUUUUCUACUUUUGGAUCCCAAACUACCUCUUCAAGGCGGUCAGGUCCUUCAACUGGAUGACAUGGAUCGCGCCCGAAAACUUUACACUGGGCAUGAUCAGGGGAUUCUGGGGAGGCAUGGGCUUCAACCCGCUGCCGACGUUUGACUACAACGUCGCGGGGAGUUCUAUCCUGGUCACGCCCUGGUUCUCGGCUAUUCAGCAGUACUCCAUGCGCAUUCUCUCGGGGCUGAUCAUCAUUGGGAUGUAUUGGGGGAAUAUGUACUGGUCUGCGUACAUGCCCAUCAAUAGUAACGAGGCUUUUGACAAUACUGGCGUCAAAUACAACGUUACAAGGAUCCUCAAUGACGAUCGCACCUCGAUUAAUCUGGACAAAUACCAAGAGUAUGGCCCACCAUUCUUCUCAGGGGCCAACGUCUUUGGCCAAGGAGCCUGGUUUGCAUGGUAUCCCAUGACUCUCUUUAGCGUGACCAUCCAGUAUUGGGACUCGAUCAAAAGAUCCGGCAUCGACAUGUGGAAAGGAAUCCGACACCGCAAAUCCAUCUACGAGUCGUACGAUGAUCCGCACACGCGUCUCAUGAGUGUGUACCCCGAGGUUCCCGACUGGUGGUUCCUCGCCGUACUACUGAUCUCGUUGGCUCUGGGUAUAAUUGCCCUCCAAGUCUGGCCCGUGUCUUUGCCGGUGUGGUCACUGUUUGCCGUGGUCGGCAUCAGCGCCAUCAUGCUUGUCCCUUCUGUGCUUAUCAUGGCGUCGGCAAACGUGACCAUGGGCUUCAACGUACUAUUCCAGCUCCUAGGCGGCAUCUGGUUCGUCGGAAACCCAGAGGCUCUUAUCCUGGUUGUUGCUUUUGGCCAAAACUUUGACGCCCAGGCCCACGACUACAUCUCGGACCAAAAGAUGGGCCACUACGCCAAGGUGCCACCGCGGGCCGUGUUCCGCGCGCAGAUGAUAGCCGUCUUCAUCAACUGCUUCAUAUUUGUCGGAAUGCUGGACUGGAUGGUGCUGAACUACAACGACGGGACGCUGUGCCAGUGGAACAACUCCCAGCAUUUUGUCUGCACCAACGCCGUGCUCGUCUACGCCUCCUCCAUCGUCUACGGCGCCUUUGGAGUCCGCAACAUGUUUGAGCUGUACCCAGUCCUCCUUUACUGCUUCCUGAUCGGCGCUCUGGUCGGGAUCGUCUGGGGCGUCGGGAGGAGGUUCGGUGGCCGGUUGCGCUCGUACCUGCAGCGCUCCUCAUCCGAGCGCCGCUUCCACUCCCUCGACAGGUGGGUGCUGGGCCCGGCCUCGCACCUCUACUGGUUCGAUCCGGCCGUGGCAUGGGCGGGGGCUCUGAACUGGACCGGCGGCAACAACCUGUCGUAUGCGACCGUCGGCAUCUACCUGAGCUUCUUCUUCAUGUACCACGUCAAACGGCACUACGGCGCAUGGUGGGAAAAGUACAACUACCUGCUCGAGGCAGGGUUCGGCGUGGGGAUCGCCAUCAGCGCCACGAUCCAGACCUUUGGGCUGGUGAUGACCAGGACGGAGCUGCCGUGGUGGGGAAACACGGUCACCAUGGCGGGCGUCGACUAUCGUGCUUAUAAUCAAAACGCUACGCUGCUGCCGCUGCCCGAGGCUGGGUUCUUUGGGCCGACUUCGGAUCAAUACCCGAUGAGAUUUUCCUAGGGGGAUGUCUGAGGGAUGAGCGGAGAUGUGCCUCCAUGGCGGGGGUUCUGGUGUUCGAGUGGAGAUAGUAAUACAUUUAUCAUCAUCAGAGCUACUGCUCUACUUGCGGUUAGCUUUCCCUUUCCUGCACUGCUACGACGCCCAAGGGAGAACGGUGACGAUGCAGUUCUUGACAAAACAAGUACCAAACGCAACCGCGAUGAGCCCCAGCGCGGCGAAAGGCCCCAGGAUGGCAAAAAUGGUGAGCCCAUACGAGGCCGACUGGA